CUCUUAACAUGCUGUUCUUGUUAUAAACUAUCAAUCAAAAUUAGCAGCAUCACCGAGUUCGGCUGUUGGUCUCCUUCUGUUGGAAAUGUUAUCACCAUCAUGUUGUUUUUCUGAAUACAUGGAAUACCUACAGAUAGUUAAUGAUAAAUUGUGUCCUAAUUACUUGGUAAUUGCAGUGAUCAUAUUAUAACCAAUGAAGGUGCUUUCAUGUUGCAAGUAAAAGGAACAGAAGGAGACGGAUCACCAUGGCUAUAAUGAUGGAUGUGUUCUUGUCUUAGUGGCAUGCUGAUUGAGGAGGAGUUGGGUUCGUUCCAAAAUAUUAACCCAUUGAUUAACCAUGUUCGUAUGUAUAUUCAAUUCCCCACUCGAGUUGGUAGCAAUUGUUGAUGAUCCAGAGUGCAGAUUAACGUCAAGACCAAUAAUUAAGGUGAUUAUCUUGUAGAACGUGGACUGGAAUCUGGGGAAGCUGGCCGAGUCACGAGAAAUCAUGGAAGCAAUUAGCACGUAUAAUCACCAACGUGAUUUUUCAGCUUGCAUUUUCAAAACGUGAUUUUGAGGUCAGGGUAGAUUUGAUUUUGUUUUUAAGAAAAUCAAAAUAAAAAUGAAUAGAGUGAGAGGUCUGGGAAGGCUGUGGCAGUGAGACGGUUAAUAGCAGUGAUGUAGUGGGGAGGGAAGUUGAUGGCAGUUUUUGUAUUGGGUCUUAACCCAAAAGCAAAAGCCCGCCCUUUCUUGUGAAUUCAAACCCUGCUUUAAUUCUUCUGCUGAAAAAACGACCCUUCCUUUAAUCAAUCAAAAAGAAACCAACCUCCUUAAUUAGUCAUAAUCUCACAACAAGGAUAGCCAAUGUACAGCAACAACAUGACGAGCCUUGGAAGUGGUACCUGGAUGCUGUUGCUGUUGUUGUCCUUCUUUUGUUUCAAUGCUGUUGUUUUCACAGGUGCAGAUGGACAAGGCCUUGAAGUUGAAGCAAGAAGACCAAUCUCGCACCACAAGGGAAACAGCUCUCUCCUCUUUGACGUCAAGAGAUUCGGUGCUCGAGCUGAUGGCAGAACUGAUGACAGCAAGGCCUUCAUAGCAGCAUGGAAGGAGGCGUGUAGAGCAACAGGAAAGGUUGAACUUCUGAUACCAAAAGGAACGUACUUGAUUGGCCCUGUUAAAUUUGCAGGCCCUUGCAAAAAUGUAUCGUCUCUUACUGUCUACAUGAAGGGUUAUUUAAAGGCUACAGCAAAGUUGUCUAGGUAUGGAUCUGGAACUGGUUGGGUUGAAUUUGGAUGGCUGGAGAGGCUAACUUUGACCGGAGGUGGAACCUUUGAUGGCCAAGGUGCCAAAGCCUGGCCUUACAAUAACUGCACCAAUGACUCAAAGUGUAAACUUCUUCCAACUAAUGUAAAAUUUGUGGCAAUGAACCAGACUGUAGUCCAAGGCAUAACUUCACUGAAUAGCAAGUUCUUUCAUAUAGCUCUUGUCGAAUGCAAGAACUUCAAAGGUACUAAAAUCAAGAUUUCUGCACCAGCAGACAGCCCCAACACUGACGGUAUCCACGUGGAGCGAAGCUCUAGCGUCUAUAUCUCUCAAUCGCUUAUUGGUACCGGUGAUGACUGCAUUUCUAUUGGACAAGGAAAUUCUCAGGUUACCAUCACAAGAAUCAGAUGUGGACCUGGUCAUGGAAUCAGUGUUGGAAGCUUGGGAAGAUAUGAGGACGAAGGGGAUGUAAGUGGACUAGUUGUUAGAGAUUGUGCCAUAUCAGGAACCAUGAAUGGCAUCAGGAUAAAAACUUGGGCCAACUCUCCAGGUAGCAGCGCAGCAACCAAUAUGACAUUUGAGAACAUUGUGAUGAACAAUGUGACCAAUCCAAUAAUAAUUGAUCAGUCAUAUUGCCCAUUCAGUUCUUGCAUCUCCACAGAACCAUCUAAGGUGAAGCUAAGUGAUAUAUAUUUCAAGCAGAUAAGAGGGACCUCAUCAUCUGCGGUGGCAGUAGCGCUAGAAUGUAGCAAGGGGAUACCGUGCCAGAACAUAUACCUUGAGAAUGUUCACUUGGAAUUGUCAUCAGGGGAGAAACAAGCCACUUCAUCAUGUAAAAAUGUUAGAGCUAGGUACAUUGGCGAACAAAUCCCGCCACCAUGUGCCUAGUAGUGUGUUAAAGGUGAAGGACUUUAUUUAUUAUUAUUAUUUUUUUUAAAAAAAGAGUCAUGCUGCCUGCCUAUUCAAUUGAACGGAUGAUUUUUUGAUUGUGA